AACACCGCGGAGCAGCUUUUUCUGCGUUCCCAGCGUCGCGACAUGACAGUCGUUCGUGCGUCGUCGCCAUGGUAUCGUUGUCAUGUUGAUGCGGUCGCUUCCUAGAUGUAGCAAUGUCCAAGAAAAAUGUGAUGUAUUUUUGGGACCCGGACGUAGGAAAUUUCCACUAUGGUCCGGGUCACCCGAUGAAGCCUCAACGCCUCUCAGUAACCCACAGCUUAGUUCUACAUUAUGGAUUAUAUAAGAAAAUGCAGGUAUUUCGCCCGUACCGAGCAAACUCGCACGACAUGUGCCGCUUCCAUUCCGAGGAGUAUAUCGAUUUCCUGGAGCGAGUCACUCCCCAGAACAUCCAGACCUUCACCAAGAGCCUCAGUCACUUCAACGUCGGUGAUGACUGUCCAGUUUUUGAUGGACUCUACGACUUCUGUUCCAUGUACACGGGGGCUUCCUUGGAAGGAGCCGUCAAACUCAACAACGAGUGCUGCGACAUUGCCAUCAACUGGUCGGGCGGCCUGCACCACGCCAAGAAGUUCGAGGCGUCCGGGUUCUGCUACGUCAACGACAUCGUCAUCGCCAUCCUGGAGCUGCUCAAGUACCACCCGCGGGUUCUGUACAUCGACAUCGACAUCCACCACGGGGACGGGGUGCAGGAGGCCUUCUACCUGACGGACCGCGUCAUGACCGUGUCCUUCCACAAGUACGGCAACUACUUCUUCCCCGGCACGGGCGACAUGUACGAGCUGGGGGCCGAGAGCGGCCGCUACUACUCCGUCAACGUGCCCCUCAAGGAGGGCAUCGACGACGCCAGCUACUUCCAGGUCUUCAAGCCGGUGAUUCAAGGGGUGAUGGAGUUCUUCCAGCCGAGCUGCAUCGUGCUCCAGUGCGGGGCGGACUCCCUGGCGGGGGACCGGCUGGGCUGCUUCAACCUGAGCAUCCGCGGCCACGGGGAGUGUGUGCGCUUCAUCCGAGAGCUGGGCCUGCCCCUGCUGGUGCUGGGUGGGGGAGGGUACACGGUGCGCAACGUGGCGCGCGCCUGGACCUACGAGACGGCCCUGCUCGUGGACGAGCCCGUCAGCUCCGAGAUCCCCUACAACGAGUACUUUGAGUACUUUGCGCCGGACUUCACACUGCACCCUGAAGUGGUCACCCGGCAGGAGAACGCCAACAGCAAGCAGUACCUGGAAACCAUUGUGCGAGCCGUUUCGGAGAACCUCAAGUGUCUGGUGCACGCCCCCAGCGUCCAGAUGCACCACGUGCCGCCGGACAUGCUGCCGUGCGCGCGCAAGCCCGGCUCACCCACAUCGGCCGUGCCCACCCCGGUCGAACCGGCGCUGUCCACGACGCCACCCGCCACCGCCGCCGCCACUGUCGCCGAGGCCUGAGGCCCGCUUGCUCGAGGGGACGUCUCCCGCCGAGUGACUUCCACCGCCGCUAAAAACUCAUCCAUCGCCAGUAAUAAAAUCAAGACGACCAAA